AUGUCUACGACACCAAUAAUUGACCAACAGCCACCUCCCAUGGCUGUGGUCCAACAAGCCUACACAGCCCAUUCGGGUCGCGGGUCGGUCGGACCCGUUAUCGCUGUCCUUGCGGUGAUCACUGUCCUCGGAGUCAUUGCCGGAAUGAUCGGACGGCUAUGCUCGGGUCGUCGGGUCAUGGGUCACGGUCAGUACUACGAUUUCGAAGGGUGGGUCGAGCGAAAAUGUUCUUCUUGUCUUGAUGGCACUGUCGGCCCUCCUCAUCGGCCGUCGCCGCCGGCGAAUGCUUCCAGCGGUGAAGUUCCGGUAGCGAUGCCGGUGGAGAUGCCUUCACAGACGAAGGAAGAAGAAGAAGAGCAAACCCAAGAACCACAACAUAACUCACAUGCAAGUACUAGUCACUCUUGA